AUGGGUGUUUGUGAAAAGUACAUGGUGAAGGGGAUGGUAAAAGCUGGAGCAACAAAAGACCAGGUUGUGAAAUGUCGCAAGUGUAAAGGUAAGAUAAGACAUUGCGUCAGGUUACUGAAACGAAUAAAAAUAACGAAGACACGAGAAAGAGACAACAAACAACAAUUUAAAACAUUUUAAAUUUAUAUGUAUAGUGAGUCACAACGAUUUUUAUAUUUCCUAUUGUCUCAUUUUCAAUUUCGUGCAGCAAAUUAAGACUUGAAAAUAGCGGCGAACUUGAUGUGAGAUAAGUUUUGAUUGUGCGAUGGCUAUACCAAUGCAUUUUUUCCUAAACAACUUAUAGAAAACUCGACUUAGCAAAUAUUCUAAGAGAGGUUUUGUGGGAAAAAGGAAGAUAGAAAACGUACGAGAAUGAAUAUAGAUAUUUGAUUUGUGAUACAUUUCGAGAUACUAAUAUUUCUUUCACUCUAUGUAUAUCAUUCAGGAAAGGACGUCUUCUCACUGACUGUCGAAUGACAAAGCAUUUAUGGCUACGGGAACUGUAUCGAAUAGCUUUCCGUAGCGACGUGAAAAACCCCCACCUUGGCCGUAUCUUUAUUUCAACCGGGAGAGAUGUUGUUUCGCUCAGCUUCUGAAAGUUGUACAUUAAUUCCGUAUCGGAUAGGUGCUUUUCCACGCCGCUACGAAAAACUAUCCGGUAUAGUGUAAACUUAGCCUAAGUGUUGGGCAUAAAAGGCGCGACUCGUGAGAUAAAGUUGCAUGCUUGUUUAUAUAAAUUGUAUUCAGAAUCUUGUGAAAUACCAUAUUUCACAAUGUGGUUUACACAAGUAAAACUGGAUGAGAGAGCUGAACGUAAACGGCAGAUUUCACUAGCAAUAUACGACUCAAAUAAUAAUAUAAAACUUGCUGGUGCUUAUUAAAGUAAAUAAACGACGUUCGUUGCUGAUUAAUAAUUGAUAUAGCACAAAAUACCUGUUCCAAAUGCACUGAUGAUUAAUUGUGAAAACAUGUAUCAAUCAUUUCAAAUAGAAGUAUUUUUCGUGUUAUUCCGAACCAUUGCAUAAAUCUUCGUGGAGUGCCCACUACUGCACUAGUUUUCCACGUUUUGUUUUUGAAAUAGUCCGAAUUGAAUUGUCACAGUUUACAUUUUAUCAUAUUUAUCCCAAUGCUGAUUGGUCAAGAGGAUAAUAAUUAUUCAAUUUAUUGUAUACUGCACUAUGUAGCACGGGGGUUGUAUGUGUAUAUAUAUUAGUAUGUCCAAUUUUGUUUGUUUUGAGGUAUACGAGUGAGAAAUCCAAUGUAGUCGCAAUUUUGACACAAAUGUUGUUAAAAAUAAUGUUCAAUACAAUACAUGCAUGUAAAGGCUCUUACAAUUUGACAAGUAUACCCAUGACAUUGUAUCCAUGAUAGUACCCAUGAGUCAUGACAAACCAACGCGACUUCGUUGUUCUCCAGGAGUCAGUUGUUCAAAAGACGAAUAGCGCGUUAAGGGUAAAAUUAUGGGUAAAAUUUAAACAUUUGUUUUGGUUUGGGUAUUUUAUUUAUUUCACAACUUUUAUAGUCUCUACAAAGUAAAACUUCUAUUGAUCCGGACAGGAGUUCUGUAAAAACAUUCCAUGUUUAUAAACAAGCUGUUGUGAGUUUGCUUUGACGUUUUACAUUAACCAGCCCCAGACGUCAUGCCGAUAAGCUCAUUUUAACUGCUAAUGUACUGCAAUUAUACAAGCCCAAUUUUGACCAUGUUUUUAAAACAACAUUGUUCUACUAUUUCAUUUUCUCCACAGCUUGUUGUUGUUCAUGUUGGAAGAUGUACUGUAUCUGUCUGUCCCGGGUGCCCUGUGCAUCAUUGGUAGCUGGUAUUGUUGUUGGAAUAGGAUUCUUUCUCUUCAGCUUUGGUCUGGUCAAGGCUUUCACCCACCUUAACACUUGGUUAAAGAUGGAUGCAUUGUAAGUAAAUGAUAAUAUUUCAAGCAAAUUAAAGAGUAUAUUUACACACGCAAGUUUAUUGUAGAUGAUAGAUGAUAGUGAUGUAAGACCCUCUGGGUGAAUUGGAGGGUAUACCCCUGUGUUUUUUCAAUAGUGCUUUUGAAGAAAAGUACCGCGUUUAAAAGAAAAAGUUUAAAUGUACCCUUAGGACUUUGUACAUAUUCAGCUUCAAACUGUGCCAGCCAAGCUUGGGAUGUGCUUCAAUCAAACCAUGGCCUAUCGAAGGGAAGAUGGCUGUGAAAUUCAUUAGAACAACAAUAUAAAUCAUUCAUCUAUGUUUAAGUCAACGUUUAUUCAGAAAUCUGGACCUUCACCGUCACGUGCGUAUUGUGUUUUUGCCCAACUAACCAAUAGCAACGUUUUAGGAAAGUUACCUAUCCGUGACUCGAAGUUUCGAACAACAGGGUAAAUUGGAUAUUGCUAUUGGUGAAUUUGACAAAAAUACAAUACACACGUGACGGUGAACGACCAGAUUUAUGAAUAAACGUUGACUAACAUAGAUAAUGAGUUAUAUUGUUAUUCUAAUUAACGAGUUUCCAAACCAUCUAUUCUAUUAACUAUGAUACAACCUGCCCCACAGCCAUCUUCCCUUCGAUAGGCUAUAUGAUCAAACUAAAAGAUGAACUCUUGCAUUUGUUCGGGGGGGAGGGGGGGGGGGAGAGGUAACAAGAAGUUUACGAGUUUCAUUGGUUAAUAUUAUCAUACGUAUAUACCGGUUAUAUUCUCAUGUUUUGAGCACAAUAAGCCCUUUCGAUGAUUACGUCACCAAUCAAUCCUUGGCCCGGGAGCCUCAUUCUUAUGAAUUGAGGGAAUCGCCUUUAAUCGUGAUUCAUACUGUAUUAAAAGAGCGAGGCUCCCAGGCCAAGGAAAUAUUCGUGACGCAAUUAACGAAAGGGUGGGCUGGGUAAGGGCUGCGAUUGGGGUCAAGAAAAAAAGAAAUAUAUUCGUGCACGAAACAUGCGAAUAUCGAAUAUUACCAUUAUACCCUCGACAAAUUGUUGCUGGUGCGCAGCAUGUAAUGCCAUCACUGUAACACAGAGUUCGUCGAUUCUCAUUUAUGACAUAAACCAAAAUCAUUUCUCCACAGUAUUAUAUAGCGCAUUGCAAUCAACAAUUUAUCACAAUUCAUAUAAUUUUCCAGGGCCAUGGCAGCGACGUUCGCAAUGUACUUUGGGAUAGCUAUGGGUGUAUUUUCAGGAUUUGGUCUUCUUAUCGGUUGCUUAGCAACAGGUCGUACCAGGUUCAAUGUUUGCGGCGCAUGGAAAACACGUUUUGUCGGUCGCUGUUGUGUAAUUAUGGUAAGAAUAUUUAGCAUGAUUUAUGUGCGUGUUUCACUGCCAGUAAAACUGGACUUCGUGCAACUUGAUGAACACUCCACUGUGACAGACCAG